AACUUCGACUUCCGGAAUGGCAGACGACAAUCAACAACAUGAUUUUGAGGGAAGUAAGAGACUAUUGGAGUCUGAACACCCGUCACUUGUGGAUCGGUAUUAUCAAUCUAGAUAUCUAAUAGAUUCACAGUCCAAGAAAAAUGAAGACAUUUGUAUUUUGACACAUUCUAACAGAAUAUGUAUAGUAACAGUGGCUGAAUGGCAUCCUUUAUUGAGGGAAAAGAAGACAAUAUCUCAGAUCAGUUAUGAUGUGGAGGGGGUAAACAGAAUGGACAAUAAGAUAUCUGGAAAAGGAAAGAGGGGAGCACAACUCUUGACUCCUUCAUCUCCGUUAUGUGAGGUCACUUGUACUGACGGUUCUAAGUACAUCAUAACCUGUGGAGUACGAGGUCAGCUUAUUGAAGUGAAUGAAACUCUUCUUAAAUCUCCAGAUCUCUUGUCACUAAAGCCUCAAACAGAGGGAUACAUAGCAAUUGUUCUUCCAAAGCUUGGGGAUUUUGAAGGAACAACGAAAAAUUUGUUGUCUAAGGAUGAAUAUAUCAAAAUCCGUUCCUCAGGAACAUGACGCAUACAUGGUGCUUACAAAUAUUUCUUUUAUUCAUUUAUCAUUGUUUCUAUACACCACACAAUAAAAGCAUUGUAUAAAUAUU